AUGGCUACAUUGGCUCAAGCAUUCUCCCCCGACGGCUCUAAUGCCGCUGUCAUCGUUCCCGGGAAACCGGCUUUAACUGUAACCUACGCGCAGCUGCAUUCGCAUAUAUCUGCCUUCCAAGAAAAGCUGGCUAAACUUGGUGUCGGACAUGGUGCCGCGGUUAAUCUGGCUCUAAUAAACUCGUACGAAUUCAUUGUUGGCUUUCUAGCAGCCUCGUGGCAGCGCGCAAUCGCUGCUCCUCUGAACCCUGCCUACAAGCAGGACGAGUUUGAGUUCUAUAUCGACGAUCUUAGCUCAACCCUAGUUCUUAUCCCUCGGGAAUCCUAUGCUCAGAAUGGCCCCGCGGUCCUCGCAGGUAGAAAGUAUCAAGCGGCUAUUGCGGAGUGCUACUGGAACGGGACGGAGGUUGUGCUCGAUGUGAAGGAGCUGGGCAAGCUAAAGGGCAAAGGAGACAUUGGCGUCCAGACCGCUCAGCCCGAUGACAUUGCGCUUGUCUUGCACACUAGUGGAACAACUGGCAGGCCCAAGGCUGUUCCGCUCACCCACAAGAACCUGACAACUACCAUGAGGAACAUUCAAGCAACGUACAAGCUCACCCCUCAGGAUCGGACUUACCUGGUGAUGCCCUUGUUCCACGUCCAUGGCCUCUUAGCCGCCUUCCUUGCUCCCCUUGCCUCUGGCGGUUCAGUAAUUGUACCCACCAAGUUCUCUGCUCACCAGUUCUGGUCGGACUUUAUCGAAUACAAGGCGAACUGGUACUCUGCCGUGCCAACCAUCCACCAAAUUCUGCUCAAGUCGCCGCUGCCCAACCCUAUUCCUCAAAUCCGCUUCAUCCGCUCCUGCUCCUCGCCGCUGUCACCAAAAACCUUCCAGGAUCUAGAAAAAACCCUCAAUGCCCCAGUACUUGAGGCCUACGCCAUGACGGAAGCGGCUCAUCAAAUGACGAGCAACCCCCUGCCCCCUGCAAAGCGACAGCCCGGUAGCGUGGGUAUUGGUCAAGGCGUCGAGAUUAAGAUUCUUGAUCAAUCCGGAAACGAAGUUCCACAGGGACAUGAGGCAGAAAUCUGCGUUCGAGGAGAGAAUGUCACGAAAGGAUACCUCAACAAUCCAGCUGCCAAUAAGUCAUCUUUCACCAAAGACGGCUUUUUCCGCACAGGUGACCAAGGCAAGAAGGACCCUGACGGCUAUGUAAUUAUCACCGGCCGCAUCAAGGAACUUAUCAACAAGGGCGGAGAAAAAAUCAGCCCAAUCGAACUGGACAACACGCUUUUGCAAAACCCCAACGUCGGCGAAGCGGUCUGCUUCGCCAUUCCUGACCCCGGUCACUACGGCGAAGACAUAGGGGCCGCGGUUGUUUUGAAGAGCGGUCAGAAUGCUACUGAAGAUGAAUUGAAGUCGUGGGUUCAAGAGAAACUGGCUAAAUUCAAGACCCCAAAACAGCAAAUUCCCAAGACGGCAACCGGCAAGAUUCAACGACGCAAGGUUGCAGAGGCGAUGCUGAAGCCCAAGGCUAAGCUGUAA